AUGGAGUGGCAAUUGUUAUUCGAAGAAGAGCUCAAAGGUUAUAUCGUCCGCAACAGUAGGAAGAAGUUGAAGGAGAACAAUAUCGAGCCGCGUAUGAUCUGGGAUGACACUGUGGCCCCCCCAUCCAUUGUCCAGAUGUGGAUUGGGCAAUGCACGAAGGUCCAUCAGGACUGUCGGCCCGCAGCAUUAGAUCGCAUUCGAUACGAUAAAGGUGAAAACCUCAAAGCCCUCAUGCCGAAUAUUUUGUUCAUCGACGUCGUGGAUGACAGAAUCGUGGAAGGAAAUCUUCACGUAAAAUACGCAGCACUGAGCUACGUCUGGGGUGGAGUGACCCAAGAGUUGGCGUUGCGCGAUAAUAUCCAGAGCCUGAAAAAGAAACGUGCUCUUCGCUCUCCGUUUCUGAAAAUACCCCAGCUGGUAAGAGAUGCCAUGGCAUUCGCGUAUUCCAUUAAUAUUCGUUACCUCUGGGUCGAUGCACUCUGCAUUAUUCAGGAUGACUCGUCGAAACAUGACACUCUAACCCGUAUGGACAUGAUAUAUAACCUUGCACACCUCACCAUUGUAGCUAUCGACUCUACAUCAGCAAAUAGCCAACUUCCAGGUGUUGAGCGUCAAUCGCGGUACCAUCCGCAUCCUGAACUGAAAACGAAGGCGGAUUGGUUUCACACUCGACCAUCGACUAACGUCGAUUCGCAUAUAAAGUCAACAGUGUAUAGUUCCCGAGCCUGGACCUUCCAGGAGGAACUAUUAUCAACCCGAUGCCUAUACAUGACGAAAACGCAAAUGUUCUUUCGGUGCCGGACGGCGGUAUGGGCAGAAACGGCCCCUGUGAAGAAUCUUGGCCAGCAAGCGGAUCCCUGUCGUAGGAUGUGGGGUAAUCUUCAUGGCGCAGAUCGAGUCCAAGCCUAUAGAGAGGUCUUAUGCAACUACACCGAAAGGAAAUUGAGCUGCAGCACUGAUGUACUGGAUGCGUUCGCCGGCGUGACGGCGUCUUUAUCGAAUGAUACGGACUGGCAGUUUGUUGACGGUAUGCUGCUUCAACACUUGCCUUCGGAGUUGCUCUUCAUUCAUGAGGGAGAGCAUGCGCGACGUCUUGGUCCAGACGGCAGACCUUGUUUUCCAUCCUGGGCGUGGGCAGGAUGGACAGGACGAGUGACGUGGGCUCGAUCGGAUACGGAUAGUUCUAGUGGCGACGAAGAUGGUGUAUUAGAAAUUCUCUCCAAAGACCAUGGACCUCCAAUGAUGAACGAUAUCGCUAUUUCACUCACGGAUGCUGCACUGGCGAGAGUACAAGCACAAACGUUCCGGCGACGUCGAGAUAGUAUUUCGAUCACCCCCAAUGCCCCGAAGGUACAACUCCAAUUGCAGCCGGAUCCAAGUCAGCAAAGGACACUGCUUUGCUUCCAAAGCCACCUCAUUUCCGCGAACGAUCUGGAGUUCAGUGUGCGGGAGAAAUGCCACGUGUUAUCCAAUAGCAGGCCGACCGGAAUAACUUACGACUUGCAUUCCGGGGGUCGAUGGGUGGGUAUUCUUUUUAGUCAUGGGGAAGAGUGGAUACAAUCCGUUCGUCACCAGGGGAAAACAAUCUGGUUUGUCCAGAUAACCGAACGCGGAGCUCUAAUGAUCCAAACGAGAUCUGGAGACGGUUACAGUGAGCGGGUCGGCGUAGCUUUUUUCGGAGAAAAUAUCUUCGGGUAUAGUCUGACGCAAACCGUGGUCUUGAUAUGA